GAGUUUAUGUAAGUAGGUACCAACGUGACGUAUCACACCUACCCGCCCAUCGGAAAUUUUGUGCCAACAAUGUUUUAUUGACAACUAACACAAUGUAAGUAAGCUAUUCCCCUCCGGUCUGCGAAGGUCCGUGUUGCUCUACGUUAUCAUUAUCACCUCGGGCAUGUGUGUCUGCACUUUGGAUGCGUUUCCGUAUGAACUUCACUCGUGCGAAUUAUCACUUACAUAGGUCCAGAUUCACCAGGCUGAUUUGCUUCGUGAUCUUGUAAACUUUACCUGGAAAUUCAUUUAGUAUGAAGACGAGAAAAAAGUCCUUGCGAUACAAACCUAGCCGGAAUAGGGCUCAGUAUGAAACCAUAUCGCCGGGGUAACAAGGCUUUUAUGAUAGAGCUGCGGUCGGCGUCGCGGGUGGGCCGCCUGAAGGUGCUGACGCGCGAGUUCCUGGGCGACAUCCGCGCGCUCUGGCGGUAUGGCGCGCCCUUCCCCACCUUCCUCAAGCUCAUCGGCACCAUGCUGCUCUGCCUGCUCGUGCUCAUGCCGCUGUUGUAUCCUGUCUUCGUAGCCUCCGUCACUUAUUUCACCUUCGAGACGCUCUUUUUGAGGGGCCUGGCUCACUACACCAAGUUCCCCGAAGGGUUCACAUUCGGCGUGGCAACAGCUGCACAUCAGAUAGAAGGUGCUUGGAACGUCAGCGGAAAGUCAGAAAAUGUCUGGGACCAUUUAUCCCACACACGGCCUGAGAUGAUAGCGGAUUGGACCAACGGCGACGUCGCAUGUGACUCGUACAACCGCUACCAUGAAGACGUGGAGGAGCUAUCGUACCUUGGCGUGGACUUCUACCGCUUCUCGUUCUCCUGGUCCCGAAUCCUGCCUUCAGGACGCAACGAUGAAAUCAACCCUGACGGAAUUCGAUACUAUAACGAACUCCUCGAUGCUUUGAUUGAGAAGAAUAUUGAACCACUGGUAACUCUGUUCCACUGGGACUUACCUCAAUCUCUUCAAGAGCUCGGCGGUUGGGCGAAUCCCAAAAUGGUGGAUUUCUUCCGAGACUACGCUGAAGUGUGCUUCAGAGAGUUCGGAGAUAAGAUCAAGUCGUGGAUUACCAUCAAUGAGCCUUACGAAAUUUGCGAGGAUGCUUAUGGAGAUGAAAAGAAGGCUCCUGCUUUAGAUAGCCACGGAGUUGGCAACUACUUGUGCAGUGACACUCUCUUGAAAGCCCACGCUGAAGUGUUCCACCUGUACAAUGACACCUACAGGCCAACACAAAAGGGAUCCAUCAUGAUCUCUAUCAACUCCAUCUGGUACGAACCCAGUGAACCAGACAAUGCGGAGCAAGUAGCCUUAGCUGAAAUAGCCAACCAGUUCAAAUUCGGAUGGUUUGCGCACCCGAUAUUCACUGAUGAAGGAGGAUAUCCCACUAUUAUGAUAGAAAACGUGGCACUACAAAGUGAAGCUGAAGGUUUAAGCAGCCCUCGUCUCCAGCAGUUCGACGAGUACUGGACUCAGAGAAUCAAAGGCACCUCUGACUUCUUAGGCAUCAAUCACUACACGACUCACCUAGUAACCGGCGUUGGAGUUGACCCGACUGCCAAGUCACCUUCGUGGUUGAAGGAUGUCGGAGCUGUCACAACUAUGGAAGUUGGAGGAGAAUCUGCUUCAGAUUGGCUUCGGGUGGUGCCUGCUGGUUUCGGCAACUUACUGCGUUGGUGCAAGAGCUCCUACAAUGACCCGCCUAUCUACAUCACUGAGAAUGGCUUCUCCGAUCGUGGUACCUUAGAAGAUUAUGGGCGCAUUAAGUAUUUCAAUGACUACCUGACGGAAGUCCUCAACGUUAUUUACGAAGACGACGUCAAAGUUCUGGGUUACACUGCAUGGACCCUCAUGGACAACUUCGAGUGGCGGGCUGGAUUCUCUGAACGAUUCGGUUUCUACCAUGUGGACAUCACCCACCCGGACCUGCCGCGCACUCCCAAACUGUCAGCAGAGUAUUACAAACAGCUAAUCGCCAACAGAGAGCUGCCACAAGACGCACACUUCUUCGAGGAUAGUACCGCGAGGCGGAUUGGACGCUCAGCAUAGAUAAUACUAACAUGUACAGCACUAACACUGCAUGGUAUCAAUAAUAUACUUAAGGCAAUUAAGUGGUUAAUAAACGAACACACUUGAAACUAAACUUAUUUAUCUCCCACACAGACACCACUCAGAAACGAAUUGUGAAGCCCGUACGAAGAAAUAAUGUCAGAAUUGUAACAAUGAAAAAGAAAGUAGGUAUUAAAACAAAUAUUUAUUUAAUUCAUAUAAGAAUAUCGAAUUAUUUACAAUGAAAUUAUUGUAAAUUAAUUAGGUAUUUUGACACAUUUAAUUUCAUCGAUAAACGUAAUAUUACAUACACUACAGAGAAAACUUGCAUCUUGUGUCAGACUGAAGAGAUAUGUUUGUAUAAUAAAGGCUUACUUAUGAAAUAAACGAUAUAUUACACUUGAAAUAUUGUUCCGAAUAUUUAUUCCGUCGUAAA